GUUGGAGCGACUUAUCUGGCCUUCAUUCCCUGCGCCCUCGCUUUGCUCGCGCCCUUUGCCUUUACAGUAGCCUGGUGUUGCACCAGCAGCAAUAGGCUGGAGCUACACAUUGCAUCAUGCUUGCAAUCCUGUCUGGACUGCCUGCCAAUCAUCACCUUCCAAAGUCAAACAUUUGGAAAGAGGGAGAACAAAAAAAAAACGUACUUUUGUACCUAGGAUUCCAACAUGUAACGUUAUCUAUUGUGACGCUGCACAACACAAAUCGUCCCAGUGCUCAUGCCGUGCGUGUGUAGUGUAGUGUAUGUAUAGAGGUUGGAAUGUGAUGCAUAAGAUCCACUAAGAUACUCAUUGGUGCCUGUCUUCAACGUGUCACCAAGUGCAAGCUGAGCCGGAGUUGUAAUGACACUGACAGUGACAGGUGCUUCACUUGCAAAUAGACAACCGCAGCCUGAACGCUCGGACAUCGGAAUCUGAAGCCUGGUGGUGAUUUGUUUUGGUUUGGGUCAUUUUUACGCACAGCGCAUAUAUUGAGCAUUGGUGCGCAUCCCACUUUCAAGAUGGGCAGCAGUGACGUUCAGUCCGGGGUCAGGUGUGUUUCUCUUAUGCUGGUUGUGCUGGUGGCAGCUACGUCGUCACAGACAUCUGGAGACGCCGGGUGUCCGACUUGUGGCAUGCCCGCCUUGGAGAAGGGCACCGAGGAACAGCUGCUGAUAGAAAUCGCCAAGCUGCAGAUUCUCAGCAAACUUCAUCUAAAGGAGAGACCGAACAUCACCGACCCGGUGCCCAGAGCCUUCCUCAACGCCGCGCUCAGGAAGCUGCACGCCGGCAGGGUGAGGCAGGAUGGCACCGUGGAAUUGAACAGCAACCUGGAAAGACAAAACGCCAGGGAGAAAGACCAGGGAUACGAAAUCGUUAGUUUUGCUGACCCCGAUCAUGGAGACGCAGCCAAAUCCGGACUGACCUUUCAGUUCUCCAAAGAAAGAGGGAUGAACUUUCAUAUCCUCCAGUCCACCCUGUGGCUCUACUUCAAGUCUAGUUCUGAAGCCCCCAAGGAAAGAGUCACAGCCAAGGUCUUCCUGGCCGGCCCACACCAAUCAAACCGGACAUUGCUGAGCCAGAAGCAGUUUGAUCUGAAAUGGGGCAGCUGGCACACUUUCCCCAUCACCCGAGGAGUCCAGAACAUCUUCGACAGGGGCGACAAGCAGGUGAAACUGGUCCUGGAUACGAGGCUCUCCGGACAGAAUCGCCACCACAAUUAA